GACCUCGCUUCAGGUCCAAAGCUGGUGGUGGACGAUUGCCGCGAUCAUGACUACUGUCACCUCGACCUCUCCGACCAAUUCGGCGUCGACGGCGACAACGACGACAGAGACGAUCACGACAUCCGCGAGGGCUUCCACGAGGCUUACAUCGCCCACCACGACCGCUACGAACAGACGAUCGAUGGUGCAGACGACCGCAACGACACCCAUCACAACACCCACGGGGACCAUGACAUUUACGACAACAUCCACCACAACAUCUAUCAUGACUCCAACGGGGGCCAGGAGGAAUCAGGCGGCCUUAACGACCACGACGUCAUCCACGCCAUCCACGACGAUAACAACGUCAACGACACCCAGAACACCAAAGCCCCAUCCAGGGGCAGCGCUCGCUUCUCUAGCCAGGAGGGGCGUACACAGCCCAACCUUGUCGGAACGGCUACCAAGUACGGUUGUGACGACGGGCGUAACAUAACGUGCUCAGCCCCUUCCAGGGUCGACGCCUCCGCCGCCUCCGCCCUGCACAUCUCGGUGAAGCCGCCGGACAAGAAAUCUAUCAACGUCGAUGUCAAUGCUACCGCCACAGUCGACAUUCUCAUGAAAUUGAUCCAGGAUGAGGUUGGUGUCCCUCCCGACCAACAACGUUUCAUAUACGGAGGGAGGCAGAUGUGGACGGACAGAAGGCUGUCGAACUCUGGCGUUGAGAACGAGUCGAUGGUGUACCUGGCGCUCAACCUCGGCGGGGGCAUGGAGGACACUGGCUCGCCGCACCAGGAGGGGAUGGACGAGGACACGGGGCUGACCCAGACUGCGGCCACCCUCUCGCUGGAAGACGCCAUUCCCAUGCCCCCUAGAACUCUUUCGGGGAACGCUACGAUGCAAAUUGACCACGUCGCAUUACAUGCCGACAACAUUGCAGCUGAGAGGUCCGUGGCCAGGAGUCUGGAAACGUGGGAUCCGCUGAACGUGCUACGGUCGUUCGAGGACGUCCUUGCCGGCUUCCGCAUGCUUGGCUUCGAGAUGGACAACCCACUACCAUUGAAAAAAAUCGGGCUCUGCUGGGAGGAGGGCCCCCUGCCGGACGAGAGCACAGUGGAGUCCCAGAUGCGGCUAUCGACACACCUACUCCGAGCCGUUGCUGCUCAACGCGACGACCCCGGCGUGCGCAGCAAAUGCGACGAGCUCGUGGGGGCCCUGACUGACUCCGGCCAGCAGCGCAUACAGAUGCUCCCGAGCCUCCGACAGGCACGGCGCAGACGAUUCACGAACGCGAUCGCCAGGUACCACGAGGUGGAGCUUCCAUUCCUCCAGUUUCUCCAGAACGAGUUCGACGAGGCCCUGGGGGAGCUCGUGGCCACGCAACUCCCCAACCAACAGGGGCUCAACCUGGCCACCCUUGCCUGCCCGCCGCUCACGGCGCGCCUCCUUCACGAGCAGUCGUCCAAGGUCCCAGCGAGGGGCGCGGCUGCAUUCAUCGCUACGGGGCCAUACCAUCAUUGGCUUUGCUGGGCUCCUGCCGACGCUCCGAGCACUGGCAGGUGGGUUUCCCUGCUCAGAGCGCUCCGGGAGGAGAAGCACGCAGCCCAGAUAUCGUUCCUGACGCCCCGACCUAUUUUGCCAGGGCGUUUGUCGCCAGCGGAGAUGCUAGAUUAUGGGUCGCCGCACUUGCUGCAGGGCCAAGGCGGCCAGAGAGUACAAUCUAUGACGUUUUUGGAGCCUCCUGUUCGGGUGCUCGUCGAAGGGCAGCUUGGCCCCCGGCUCUUGGAACAACACCUGGCCAUCAUCACCCUUGGCGACACCACCGACGGGCUGCCGACUCCCACUAUCAAGCAUUGGAAUGGGAACGAGGCACAAAGCCUCGAGGAAGGGGCCCUGAUCUUGGAUUUCCCGACGGAAUGUUCGGACAAGCUAUUGCAGCUGCUCCGCGGCAUGGUUAUCAAUGAGGUCACUUCGUGGAGCCAGCCGAUGGCGAGCCUCAGCGACCGGGAUGGCAGGAGGUUUUCCGGCGUGGCUGACGGCCACACGACUAUGAUGCGCGAUCCAACGGCGCUGAUCACAGACUUCACUUGCCCAGACGCGGUGGCGACCCUUCCAGAUCAUUGGGAGCAGCUGAUCCUUCUCACCCUGAAGAAGGGCGUGCUAAUCACGUCGACUUCUGCCUCAAACUGGGAACGCACACUCACAGACCAGGCCUCGGCACAACGGGACGCCAGGAUCACGAAGCUGACGUGGCGGCGCAGCACAUUUGGUGGCAGAAAAUGGGUCAUACCUCAGGCUAUAUCCAAAGCCGCGACGGCCAACCGUCAAGGUGACUGGAGUGGACUUACGGGCCCCUCCCGAUGCACCAUUCACAUCCAGGUCAAGUGCGACACCAGCGCCGACCCUGGCCCGCUUAUGAGCCGGCUGACUACGCAGCUCUCUCGUUGCUCGGGCACCUCAUGGCCUGUUGCGGCGAAUGGCCAAACUCCACGACCUGGUCAGAUCGCGCCCGUCACUGGUGAGGGCGGGCAUUGGGAUGGAGGCGUGGUGGCGGAGACCGCCGAUCCCGCGCAGGCGCAGGCGAUUUCGAAGAUGCUCAACGGCAUGUGCUUCGCUGGGGAG